CUGGGUCAGUUACUACGGGGAAAGAGAGCAUUGUUACACAAGUCUCACCUCUCUGGAAAAGUUCCUCAUUUUGACCGUAAGUCAUCUCUGAAUUGAGGGUGUCGUGUGAUAGGUGGUGCCCACAGAGCGUGAGUCACGGGGGUGCCGCUGUGGGCCUCUGGGGUUUGCAGAGAGGGUGAGACGUGAGCUUACGUUCUGGGGGGGACAGGAGGGUUGGACAGCACAGAAUGUGAGCAGGGAAUAAGCCCUCGGCAAUGGGGAGUCAGGAGGGAACCUGGUGUCGCGGUUUGGGUGGCCCUGGGAUUAGCAGAGGGAGGACGUCUCCGUGGGCGGACGGGGCUCUGUGAGCACAAGUGCGGACGUUAGGAUGCUCAGCGCCCCCAUGAGGGACCUUGAUGAGCCAGCGGAGGCCGAGGGCUAGGUUGUGGCGGGCAUUCUGGAAGCAAAUGGAAUAUUGGUGCUUCUUCCACAUACGAUCCUGGCUAGGCUUUAGCUCUGCAGCCACUUCUAAAAGAGGCUGAAGGGGGUGCACAGGUGAGCGGGGAGUGACAUCACCGUGGCAGAGCGCGUCUCCUGGGCGACCUUCUUGGGGGAAUAAAGUAGCACCACUGUCCUGGAGAGGGGAGGGCCUCUGCUGUGGGCUCUGCUGUCGUCUGGUUCUCGUGCCACUGGUGAAGUGCUCAGACGGCCCGACAGUUGAAGUUCUUACUGUGCUUUGUGCUGGGCUCAGGACGUCACGUGGGAGACCGUUCUGGUUAAAACACAGGCUUUGGGAUAUGGCUUCCUGGGUUUGAAUUGCAGCUGUUCCAGCCGUUACCAGCUUCCUUCUGCCUCCGUUUCCUCAUCUGUAAAAUGGGAAUAAAACCCAGCACUAUCUCAUCUGGUUGCUUUGAGGAUUAAAUAAGGCAGGACUUACAAAGUGCUCAGAAGGGCACCUGCGUAUGAAAAGCACUCAACAAAUCAGUGUUAGCUGUCACUUUCCUCGCAGCCGUAUGGAAACAGUACUGUUGUCCUCCUUCCGGUUUUAUAGAUAAGGAUAGUUAGACCCUGGGAAGUCAGGUCAUUAGUCCAGGGUCCUUCAGUUAGCAAGGGGACCUAGCCUUUGAACCUCCAUUCUCAAGUUCUUUACGAUAAAUACCUCCCAGCGGUGAAGCAAGACCAUUGGUGUGCAAAAUCCUCGCACAGAUUGGGGGGAUAAUUGAGCAACUCAUCCCCUGAUACUUACCAGACAUCUAGGUUGGUGGCCAAGGCUCAUUGCCAACAUCUGUGCAAACUGUAGAAAAUAUGAAAUGUUGUUCUUUCCUUUGAAGAACUGCUCUCAAGGUGACUACGUGAACCCUUUCUAGGCUGCAUGGGCGAAUGCGCAUCGUGGACGAGCAUUCAGACGAGAGAAGUCAGCGAGAAGGCAGCUGUCCCAUGGCAGAGCGUGAUGAAUCUGACCUUGAACUGGAAAGGAAGUAUAAGGAAGAUGAUCGAGAAAAGACCCCAAGGAGGCCGCGGACACAGAGGACAGAGAAAGUCCAGAAGAUCCCCUCGGGAAAGGAGGCCGGGCAGAUUUCCAGAGUGAAGAAACCCAUCAUCAGUGUGGUUUUAACGGCCCAUGAAGCGAUUCCAGGUGCUACCAGGAUCGUUCCGGUGGAGGCCGGGCCCCCAGAGACAGGCACUGCCAACCCCGAGGCCACCCUGGCCGACCUGGCGCCUCGGAGAGGGUACCAGGAGUAUGCCAUUCAGCAGACACCGUAUGAGCAACCCAUGAAGUCCAGCAGGCUAGGGCCCACCCAGCUCAAGAUCUUCACUUGUGAGUACUGCAACAAAGUCUUCAAGUUCAAGCACUCGCUGCAGGCUCACCUGAGGAUCCACACCAACGAGAAGCCCUACAAAUGCCCCCAAUGCAGCUACGCCAGCGCCAUCAAGGCCAACCUCAACGUGCACCUGCGCAAGCACACUGGCGAGAAGUUCGCCUGCGACUACUGCUCUUUCACCUGCCUGAGCAAGGGCCACCUCAAGGUGCACAUCGAGCGUGUGCACAAGAAGAUCAAGCAGCACUGCCGCUUCUGCAAGAAGAAGUACUCAGACGUCAAGAACCUCAUCAAGCACAUCCGAGACGCGCACGACCCCCAGGACAAGAAGGUCAAGGAGGCCCUGGAGGAGCUCUGCCUCAUGACCAGGGAGGGCAAGCGGCAGCUGCUUUACGAUUGCCACAUCUGCGAGCGCAAGUUCAAGAACGAGCUGGACCGUGACCGCCACAUGCUGGUGCAUGGGGACAAGUGGCCCUUUGCCUGCGAGCUCUGUGGCCACGGGGCCACCAAGUACCAGGCGCUGGAGCUGCACGUCAGGAAGCACCCCUUUGUGUACGUCUGUGCCAUAUGCCUCAAGAAGUUCGUCAGCUCCAUCCGGCUGCGUGCCCACAUCCGCGAGGCGCACGGGGCCGCACAGGAGACUGGGGUCUUCACCAGCUCCAUCAACCAGAGCUUCUGCCUCCUGGAGCCUGGCGGGGACAUCCAGCAGGAAGCCUUGGGGGGCCAGCUGCAGCUGACAGAAGAAGAGUUUGUGUUCCAGGGAGUGAAUGCGCCCAAGGAGGCGGCCUGCUCCAGAGAUGCUCAGCCUGAGGAGGGACGGAAGGAGCCAGAAGCCUCUGUGGAAGAGCCUGCCUCUCCUGUGCACUUAGCCACUCCCCAGGCCGAAAGCGCUUCCCUGCCACCCUGUGAGCUGGAAGCUGCUGUGGACUCCGCGGAACUUCAUUCGCACUCGGUGGUUUCCGAUCGGUUUUUGUUGAAGAAUGAUACCUCCUCUGCCGAGGCUCACGCUGCUCCCAAGGAGACCUUGGAUGCCCCGCACAGAGCCUCCUCCCAGACUCAGGGCCAAGAAGUCACACCACUGCUGUCUGAGGCCAGAAGCGCAGAAGCAAACCAGGACAUGCGGGGUGCUGAGAGCCCCCCGGGGGUGGGGCAGGAAGUGGCCGCCCCCCCACCCGAGGGACCAGACCCUAGUAAGUGUCUCAGGUCAAACCCAGGUGAGGCCUCAGACCCUGCUCUGGUAGCGGGUGCAGGGUACCUGGCCCUGCCCCAGCCUGACUCUUGCACGCCUGCCUCUGAGCACCGGGCAGGCAUCAGCGCGUUCAUGAAGAUCCUGGAUGGUUUACAGAAGAGACGGAUGAACACCGGUUUGUGUGAGAGGAUCCGGAAGGUGUACGGGGACCUGGAGUGUGAAUACUGUGGCAAACUUUUUUGGUACCAGGUGCACUUUGACAUGCACGUGCGCACCCACACGCGGGAACACCUGUAUCAUUGCUCCCAGUGCCAUUAUUCCUCCAUCACCAAAAACUGCCUUAAGCGCCAUGUCGUUCAGAAACAUAGUAACAUCUUGCUGAAGUGCCCCACCGACGGCUGUGACUACAACACUCCAGAUAAAUACAAGCUGCAGGCGCAUCUGAAAGUUCACACGGAGCUGGACAAAAGGAGUUAUUCUUGUCCAGUGUGUGAAAAGUCUUUUUCAGAAGACCGAUUGAUAAAGUCGCAUAUCAAGACCAACCAUCCUGAGGUGUCCAUGAGCACUAUUUCCGAGGUUCUCGGGAGGAGAGUUCAGUUGAAAGGUCUGAUUGGGAAGCGAGCCAUGAAGUGCCCAUACUGUGAUUUCUAUUUCAUGAAGAAUGGCUCCGACCUUCAGCGUCAUAUUUGGGCUCAUGAAGGUGUGAAACCCUUCAAAUGUUCUUUGUGUGAGUAUGCAACUCGCAGCAAGAGUAACCUCAAGGCUCAUAUGAAUCGUCAUAGCACUGAGAAAACCCACCUGUGUGACAUGUGUGGCAAGAAAUUCAAAUCGAAAGGGACGUUGAAAAGUCACAAGCUCCUUCACACUGCUGACGGGAAGCAGUUUAAGUGCACGGUGUGUGACUACACGGCAGCCCAGAAGCCCCAGCUGCUGCGGCACAUGGAGCAGCAUGCCUCCUUCAAGCCUUUCCGCUGUGCCCACUGCCACUACUCCUGUAACAUAUCCGGCUCUCUGAAGCGACACUACAACCGGAAGCACCCCAAUGAGGAGUACGCCAACGUGGGCACCGGGGAGCUGGCGGCCGACGCGCUCAUCCAGCAAGGUGGUUUGAAGUGUCCUGUGUGCAGCUUCGUCUACGGCACCAAAUGGGAGUUCAACAGACACCUGAAGAACAAGCAUGGCCUGAAGUUGGUGGAAAACGAAGGAGAUUCCAAGUGGGAGCCAGUGACAGAGACCCCCGAGGAGCCCUCCACCCAGUACGUGCAUAUCACAGAAGCCGAAGAGGACGUUCAGGGCACACAGGCAGCCGUGGCCGCGCUCCAGGACCUGAGAUACACUUCGGAGAGUGGUGACCGCCUUGACCCCACGGCUGUGAACAUCCUCCAGCAGAUCAUCGAGCUGGGCACCGAGGCCCAUGACGCCACUGCCGUGGCCUCCGUGGUUGCCAUGGCUCCAGGGACGGUGACUGUCGUGAAACAGGUAACAGACGAGGAGCCCAGCUCCAACCACACGGUCAUGAUCCAGGAGACCCUCCAGCAGGCCUCCGUAGAGCUGGCCGAGCAGCACCACCUGGUGGUGUCCUCUGACGACGUGGAGGGCAUCGAGACGGUGACUGUCUACACUCAGGGCGGGGAGGCCUCGGAGUUCAUCGUCUACGUGCAGGAGGCCAUGCAGCCCAUGGAGGAGCAGGCCAUGGGGCCACAGGCCCAGGAACUCUAGAGGACACGCAACGUCAGGUGGGCGCCACGGGGCAGGCCCGCCAGGCUCUCUGCAGAAUGGCGCUCUCCGUGGCUCUCUCCUCUGCCAUUCCUGCCCAGGCGGCCGCAUGGGGCUCCUAGUCCUACCUUGGGUGGGGAAGGCGAUUGGCAUCACCAGCAACACAGGACCCCACCUCCAGCACAAACGCAUAGACCCCCCUUACUCUCUAUCCUCUGCUUCCGGAAAGAUUUUGCAUCCACCUUCCACAUGGCCCAUACCGCAUCUCCCCUUUGCUUCAAGAUUCAUACAGGGACCCAGUCCCCAUCAGCAUCUGCCCCAAAUCACACCCCCAACUCCUUGACCCUGUCCAGGUGCCGAACCGUCCUCUGGGACCGCUCUGCAGCCUGAUGAAAGGGAGCCAGCCAGCACAGAGAAAGUGACCUUAUGGUUUUGAAUCACCUCUUGGGGGGUGGAGGGGAGGGGGUCCUGGCUUUAUCUACAAGAUUCUACUCCCCACUCCUCCCCCCAAAUCAAGGGCACUUGUUGCUGGGUGCGGUAACCACAAUUGAUGACCCUCCCACUCCCAUGACAGGUGGGGUCUUAGCUUAUGUCUUAAAAUUCGUUUGCUUUUAAAAAAAAAAAAAAUGCACUUUUUACUAUUCACCUCCCAUUCUAUGAGAUGUGGUGGGUAGAAUAAAAACAUUCUCUGCCUGAGUACUCUGGUUCCUCCGUUAGCUUGGAUGGUUUACUCUUCCCCUUUCUGAAUCAACAUCUUGGGUUUGGGCCCCACCCAGAACCUCCCCAUCCAAGAUCCAAAGCCUUAACAUUGCAGACAAUGGUGUCCCUCCUCCCGCUAAAGCAUUGUAGGAUUUGCCUUGCGGCCCGUGUUUGGAGGUGAAUGGUAUUACCUUUUAUUUCCUGGGGCCUGACACUUGAUUUGUUGCAGCCGAGACAUGUGCGCCCCUGCUUUCCACCUUGCCCUUGGGAGGAGUAAUCAGCUGACAGAAGCUUUGUUGUUUGAGAGGCGGUCCAGGCACCAUGGCAAAUCCCAUACCUUUUUAAGCCUCUGCUCUGUGCACAGCAUGGUAGGGGCAUCAGGGCAAGUCCUCCUGCGCCUUGCCCAGCCCUGGGGCUCUUGACAUCAUCCACCAUCCGAUUCACUGAGGUUGAGGUUUGUUUCCUCUGAGAACCCUUCACAUGAAGUCUUAGGCGUGUAUGAGCAAAUGUGCAGACAGGAAGUGGCAUUGCUCUGGUUGAAGAGCAGAUGGAGUCGUGCACUUGGCCCUCAUUGUUCCGGCCCAGUCAUCCCACACCAGCAGGGCUGGAAGGUAUCUCUGGGGGAAGCGUUAAGCUGCUGCUAUAAGGGAGGAAAGCGACUUCUUGCCCUAGGCAAGGAAAGGAGUUCAGAGGAAAGACGGACACUCCCCACUUGGGAUGAGUUGGGGAAAGCUCCAGGGUGGAGGAGACCUGUGAUCAGGCCCUUAUAA